ACCCAGCCCUUGCUCACGAGUUUCCUCAGGACUAUUUGGAGAGAGUGAAGCAGGUUCAUUCUGAAGGAGGUUACGGAUCACAGGGAUACAAGUAUGACUGGAAGAUUGAAGAAGCCCAGAAGAACCUCCUGCGAACACACACCACAGCGGUCAGCGCUCGCAUGCUGUAUAAACUCGCACAGCAGGAGAAGUUCACACCCGUGAAGUACUUUUCCAUCGAUAGAGUUUUCCGUAAUGAAUCUCUGGAUGCUACUCACCUGGCGGAGUUUCACCAGAUCGAGGGAGUGGUGGCUGACUAUGGCCUUACGCUGGGAAACCUCAUGGGCGUCCUGCACCAGUUCUUUACCAAACUAGGAAUCACAAAAUUGCGCUUCAAGCCUGCGUACAACCCCUACACCGAGCCAAGUAUGGAGGUGUUCAGCUAUCAUGAAG